GCAAGACCAGUCGUAACUUCCAAACCUGUUAUAUGCCCCUUGCCCGUAAUAUUACUAAUAUCCAAAAAUAACAAAAACUGAUUGCAGCUCAUUCCCGGAAUUUUGCCAAAAUGUCAUAACUCCAAAACCUGUUCAAUUCUAAGCCGAAAAGAACGUUUAACUCGGGAUCGAACCGUUUUUGAAUAAAGAAACAUUCUUGGGAUAGAUAUUUCCGUCAAAAUGCUCUGGCAACAUAAAGCCGUUCUUUUCGUCGCUCUUCCAGUGUUCACAUUGUGUGCUGCCACUUUGUACUACUAUUUUAGAAAGGAUAAAGAAUGGGAAGAAUACCUAAAGAGUCUUAACUAUAAGUACGCAGAAGUCAAAGUGCCUAAAGAUGCUGUCGGUGCAGUGAUUGGGCGAUGUGGCACAAACAUUCGAGACAUACAGGAAAAAACCAAUACACGGAUCAACUUCAAAGACAACGUACAAGAUGAAAAGGGUUUUAAGAUUUGUAAAAUCAGAGGAGAAAAAGACAAUGUUGACAUCGCAGAAAGGCUCAUUUUGGAAACAAUUGCUACACAAAGUUCAAUUAAAUCGUACGAAAUGUGGGUUCCUGCUAAAUCUUGCGGAAGAAUAAUAGGAAGGUGUGGAGAUAAUAUCAGAGCCAUUGGAAGAGCUUCAAACGCGAGCAUUACCUUAGACAAAAUGUCACCAGUGACUAAUGUUGAUCAGAAGCUUUUAAUUAUAAAAGGAACCGAAGAGCAGAUUGCAAUUGCAAAGACACUAAUCGAGGAAAAAAUCAAAGAAGAGGAAGAUGCAAGAAAUAAAAUGCAAUAUACAUUGUCUAAUAGGUCGCCGCGUUUAAAAUCUAAAAGAGAUAAAAAAAAUCUUCUUGAGGAAAAGAGAGAGCCACAGUAUGAAAGAUUGAUGGCAUCUGCAAAUGAAAAUAUGAUCAAAGUAUACGUGUCUUCUGUUGCUAAUCCAAAUAAUUUUUGGCUUCAGCUUAUCACACCGAAAUCUGGCGAUCUUGAUCAUUUGGUUGAAAACAUGACAGAUUAUUAUAGCCUAGAAGAAAAUAGAGAAGCUCAUAAGCUUUUAAAAGUUCAAAUAGGUCAAAUUGUCGCUGCAAAAUUAAGGGCUGACAAUAAGUGGUAUAGGGUGGAAGUUAAAAGCUUUGAGAAUGAACAAGAAGAACAAAACCCUGAUACAACUGUUAUUGUUUUCUUUGUUGAUUAUGGAGACUUCUCAUCUGAAAAAGUACAGGAUUUGUUUCAACUGCGAGCUGAUUUUCUAUCUCUUCGCUUUCAAGCUAUUGAAGUUUUAAUGAAAGGGAUUGUGCCAAAGGGAGGUGCCAAAAACUGGAGUGAAAAGGAAAUUACUACUUUCGAAGACUUGGUAUUUACUGGCCAGUGGAAAAUGAUGAUGGCACAAGUCAUUGAGUAUAAGUCGAUAGAAGGAAACAACAAAGAAGUCAAUUGUCUACCUUGUAUAAGACUGUAUAAUCCUGAAGGAACACCGGGUGUUGAUAUUGCUAAGAAAAUGAUAGAAUUAGGUGAAGCAGAUCCUGAACCAGUCAACGUAAGUGACACUGGUGUUGAAGAAAGUGACGAAACUGCAACCAAACUCGAAGAAGAUUCAGAUAAAAGUGAGAAAGAAUCAGACCAAGGGAAAAGUGAAAAUAACCCGAACGAGGGUGAAAUUGUAGACUAUGGUGCAACUGUUGAUAACGCAAACAAUUCCAGUCUUAAUUCUAGCCUCGAGAAGUCUUCCAAUUUAAAUGCCAUGCAACCAAAUUCAAACGAUGUUGAGAACGUAAACAGCCCGUCAAUUCAUAUCCCGAACAAGGGCAAAGUCGAUUCGAAGGAUAUGAAAGAUGUGGAGAGCAGUUUAUCCGAAUCGUUUGACAAGUCUUGCGAUGGUAUUUUAGAACAGUUUGAAUCAUUUCUUAACAGUUCCCAAGAGGUGGAAACUGUGAUCAAUACAAUUCCUGAUUUCAUCAAGCAUGAGCGUCAAGCACAAAACUAGAAUUAUCAAACAGAAGACUGGAACAAUUUUCUAUCAAUUGUGAUAUUGAACACUUGUCAGAUGUGAUUGCUUCUUUUUUUAAUUGUCUUGUUUCCUUUUAAUUACUUUUUGUUUUGCAGUAUAUAAAAAUCGUUUUAUAAGAUCUCCCUCAAAAAACAAAAAUUAUUUCAAAUUUGUGCCAUCUUUAGUGCCUUAUCAUUCUUUUGUUUUUAACCAUUUUAUACUUAUGUGUUGUAUACUUAUUGUGUCAAAAAGUAAAGUUUUUAUGUCAAAGGCUUUUUGACGUAAUGUUUACUUAAAAAAAGAAAAAAAUAGAUUAAGAAUUUUGCUGAAUCAUUGUACUAGGAUGUUUUUAAAUUGUUUAUUUUAAUACAUUAUUUUCAAAAGCA